AUGACUCGUCACUCGUUCGAUUUGAACUUGACCGCUUUGGCUGCGGGAGCGGACGAGACGUGGCCCAACACGACUAUGCUCGACAGCCAAGAUUGGAACGGCUUGAUGUCCAACAAGACCAUGUACUUCCACGUCAUCCUCGAGGCGGAACCGCCGCAGACCCAGGCGGUGCCGGAGGACCGGCAGCUGUGGACCCUGCUGGACUCGGUUCCUCUCGUGAAGUUCGGACCGGCGACGAAAACGAGGGGUAUGAGGUUUCUCCUCGGCGACCUUGGCAUCGGGGGCGGCGGCGGCGGUAACGGCAGCUUGGAGUCAGAUAGCCGGGGCGGGGGCGGGGGCGGGUCUUCUUCUAGAGCGUCGUCGAGGAAGGGAGAAUAUAUAUCCUUUUGGAAGCCGGAGGUGGCUGUUCGAGUCGUGGCGGACUUCACGGAGUACCCGCACAACUACCUUCCCCAGACUAUUCAGCGAGCGGCCGAGAUCAUCGGCUUGACCAAGGACGGCCAGUGGGCCAAUGGCGCCUGGGACAGCCUGGCGUACAAGCCGAUCGUGCACGUGGACGAGAUAGGCCUCACGUCCGACAAGUACGUGCCCCUCAACAGGACCCUCUCCUCGCUACCCCUUAAGGUUACCAUCGAGCCCAUGUCCCUGCAGCGCUGGCAGCUCAUGCAGAGCAUGGAGCACUCUCUGCAGCAGCAGAAGGAAAGCUUCGGCUUCCAGGACUCGGACGUCGACGACGUCCGCCGGUUGAUUAGCGACACCAACGUUUACCUGCUCAUCGUCACGCUCUUCGCGUCCACCCUCCACCUGUUGUUCGAGUUCUUGGCGUUCAAGUCGGACGUGGACUUCUGGCGGCGAAACAAGAGUCUCAGGGGGCUGUCCGUGCGGACCCUCUUCAUGGAGGUCUUCUUUCAGACGGUGAUCUUGCUGUCGCUCAUCGAAGAGGACGCGUCCUUGCUGGUGACGGUUCCCGCCGGCGUGGGGGUACUCAUCCAGGCAUUCGUGUACACCUUUGGCUUCGUCCUAAUGACGCCGCAGCUGUACAUCAACUACAAGCUCAAGAGCGUGGCACACCUGCCAUGGCGGUUCCUGUGCUACCGCAGCCUCAACACGGUGAUCGACGACCUCUUCGCGUUCGUGAUACGAAUGCCGACGAUGCACCGCCUGUCGUGUUUCCGUGACGAUGUGGUUUUCGUCGUGUACCUCUACCAGAGAUGGAUAUACCCGGUGGACGAAAGCCGACCACAAGACAGAGGUUCCUAGGCACGAUGGUCGAGAUUUUUGUUUAUUGCGCCACAAGCGUGCGUGCUGGAUUGGUGUGUGUCUCCUAGUCUGCCCGGCGGUGAGAAGAAGAGGGGCAUUUGGCAGGGUGUCCAGGCAACAACAACCCGGCAACAUGUAUCGCUGGCUCUGUACACGGAUAAAUGUUACGGCUUUCAAAAGUUGCGGACUCUGUAGAUUAUUAGUAUCAUACCAAGCUUCGAAGAUUGAGCCCUGAAGAUUUCGUCCAGGGACGGUGGUGGUGAUGAUGCAAACGAAGGAUAAGGGUUGUACCCUUGUUGGUCCAUGGGUCUCGUGGUGCAGUUAGAGGCCUAUAAAUAUGCGUGCCGUCGCGGUUGGGCGAGGGAACCUUGUUUGUGGCCCGUUUGGUCAAUGCUGGUUGUGCUCGGUGAGAAGCAGAUUCGGGAGGGAUGGGGAGAGGGGUCAAACGUAGAGCAAAACAGUCUCAAGGGUUGGGCAUUUUCUACGGAUGAGACCCUUCUUUUUCAGCGAUCUUGCCGGGAAAUACCACUCAACAAGGAGUCGUUGUGUGAAAUGGCUGGAGUCGAUCGUAGCCGUCGUGUAAAAAAGCUGGAAUCGAUCGGAGUCGUCGCGUGGAAAGGCUGGAAUCGAUCUCCAGGCGUGACCCUUUAUUUGUUAUGGCGGCCACCUCCUCCUCAGCAGCAGUUAGUCGCGCCUGAUCCCGUGUGAUACGCGUUGCCGGGUUGUGUGCGCGGUCCUCAAGAGUUUCAUCUCUGUAAGUGACGGCCGUACCCUUCUCGUCUCCAGCGAUCUUGCGAUGAAAAGUACUUGGGAGAAUCAACGUUCACAGUCGUGUGUCAAAUUAUUUUGGUCUGGCUUCACUGAGAAAUUGGGCCACGAUUAUUGGUGUGGGGCGCAGGAGUUCAGCGACAUCAACAACCCAUUUUUGUUGGGUACCGUAUGCAUAGCACCUGGUGGUUUUUGCGUUUCGUGGCUUUCGGGGAAGACUCCUAGAAUUUUCUGACGUUGGUGGAAAUCACUUGAUCGACUUGUGGCUAACGUCGUUCAGAAUGGAAUCAUGAUCAUUAAUCAUGACUCGAGAGAGAAGAGAGUCGCCUUUUUUCUACGAUCCACCCUGCAGUAAGGAAGUAGUAAGGAGAACUCAAGAGGCCCUUUAAAUCAGAAACAUCUCGUAACAUGAAGAGAUUGAAGAACGGUCGGUCCCCAAGGUGGUGCGGUAGGAAGUUGUCUUUAGCUCGCUACUGACGGACGGCAGCUUUGUCUCGCGUGAGAUUUAGGUGAAGUGAAGACAAGGGUUACCACAUAG